AUGUUUUAUGGUAGUCAAGAUGAUAUAACAGUUUUAAACAAUGUGAAAUCAACACAAGGUUAUUCUGAUGUGAUUGUUGAUGAUGGUGGUCAUACAAUUAAUCAACAAAUUACUUCAUUCACUCAAUUAGUACUAAAAGUAAAAUCUGGAGGAAUUUAUGUUAUAGAAGAUUUAUUAACAAGUUAUAUGCUAGCGAACGACGCUGGUUACCUUCGCAAAUCAACAACUAUCGAAUUUAUAAAAAAAAUUAUCGAAAAUGUUCAAACUGCAUCCCUAGAAAAGUAUAUACAAGUGGCUAGAAGAAUACGUUUUCUUGAAGUCGGAGAUGAAAUCUGCUUUUUCACUGUUAAAUAA